AGUAUGCGCCGCCGGGUGGGGCGGGGCUUGGGGGGUGGCUUCCGGGUGGGGAGAGCACCAUGGCGCUGCCCUACGCACAGCGCUUCGAGCUCGCGCUCUUCGCCGCCGUCUUCCUGUGCGGGGCCUUUGCGGCCGCGGCGAUGACCCGGACCCAGGGCUCCUUCAGGGGCAAAUGUCCCCUGUAUGGUACAGUCACUCUGAACGGCUCCUUUCUGGCCUUGUCCCAGCCCUCAGCCUCAUCCCUCUGCUACUUUGUGGCUGGGGUGUCUGGCUUCCUGGCCCUCUACUGUCUCCUCCUGCUGCUCUUCUGGAUCUACAGCAGCUGCAUCGAGGAUUCCCAAAGAGGCCGUGCAGGGCUCCGUGUUACACUGGCCAUCUCAGCUAUAGCCACCUUCCUGAUCCUAGUGUCUGCUUGUGUUCUUCGAUUUGGUACCAGUUCUCUCUGCAAAUCCAUCCUCUCGACGAAUACUGUGUCUAGCUGUUAUGAAGCCCAGAAAAUUCCCUGGACACCUCCUGGAACUGCUCUGCAUUUUUACUCCAACCUCCACUAUGCUGAAACCUCUUCUUGGGUGUAUCUGGUACUGUGGUUUGUGGUCUUGGCGCUCCAGGUCCUUCAGUGCAAAUCUCACGCCGCCCACUUCAGGCCUCUGGAUAGAAGAGACCAUGAGUGGAGCUCGGAGACAGAUGCUCUUGUGGGGCCGUGACUUUACCAUCCCAAAGGCGUAACCAGAGGGGUUCCUACAGUAAAGACCUGGUUCCCGAGUGCCUACUCCAUCUUGCCCCCACCUGGCCUGUUUGUGCUGGAAGCCUGUCUUUCCUGGAACAGGGAAGCAUGACAGGCC